CCGACGACCGCAUAUCGCAUUCGCGCGGCGUACGGUUCCGUUUGUUUAUCAAGUUCUUGAUUAGAGUUUUUAUUUUAUUUUUAUAAUACGUUUUCUAGUGUAUACAACUCACAGCUAUAAAUUUCAUACUAUAAAUUCCGCCAUGCUCAAGUACUCGGCAUUGAUACUGGCGGCCGCCGUCGCGGUGGCCGUUGCCGCGGAUCCGCAAGAGGCCAACGUCGUGCCACAGGCGUCCGCCGGCACGGCCGUCGGCGAAGUUACGUGGAAAAACGUGCUGGAAUGCUUCAAGUCACCCAAGUCGGCGGUCGACUGUCUGGAGGUUCGCAUGGACCGAGCGGUCGGCGUGUGGCGCGAAACCACGGUACGCAUGGCCCGCAGUGAUCCGGACACCUCACCCGAAGACGCCACCAACGUCGGCGACAUUGUCCAGGAAAUCGGAGACCUCAUCACCUACGGAAUUUCACGGUUCUUCCGCGGUGACGAGGAAGAAGCAGCGAACGCUUCGGCCGCCGGUGAAAUGUUGGACGUCGAAGAAGGUAGAGGACAUCACAAGAAGAAGAAGAUCCAAAAGGAAAUCAAAAAGUUCGUGUUGAAAAUCUUAUUCGGUAUCUUCUUGGUGAAACAGAAGAUCAAGAUGAUAAUUAUGACGAUUCAGUCGAUAUUGAUGAGCAAGUUCUUGAUCGUGGCCAUGAUCUACGCGCUGUCCAACACGUUUAAGAUCUGGUACGACAUCAAGAAAAGCAAGCACCACCACCACGACAAAGUGGUGUACUACGAGAAUGCCCACCACCAACACCACUAUGAGCCGCCAGAGCACAGCGAAUACGACGACCACCACCAGGGAUGGAGCGGCGGCAUCUGGGGCAGGAGCAUCGCGGCCACCGAGCCCGGCAUAAUCGAACAGGGAUCCAACGGCGGCGGUCACGAGAGCAUCAGCCGGUUCAUCAGGCGCGUGCAGUCCAGGCCGGAAGCGACUACGGGCCAGGCCCAACAUUUGGCAUACAACGGCCAGAGGCCUUCUGCGCCACACUAACCCGCGGGCAUUCUCGCGCAAACCCGCCCACACAAACACACUCCUCUCUUCCUUAUUGAUACUCUAGGCAUUUUUCACAAGCAAUCCAUGUAUGUGUAUAUUAUAUACAUAUGUUGUAUUGUCAUUUAUUUAAAUAUUUAUUUGUUUAGUACCUAAACACACUAACGAUAUAUAUUAUACAUGUAAUGAUUAUUAUACUAUUUACGACUAAUGUGAGCGUUUGAGCGCCGCCGCCCGGACCCAAGUGUUGGAUAAUAUUAAUAUCAAUUACACUCGGGUCCUCCCUCAGGCAACCCAAAGAUAAAUAUUUUUUUAUUAAUAUCUCGAUUAAUUCUUCUUUUUUUUAUAUUUUUUCGUUUUAUACAUUUAAAAAAAAACUCCUAAGUAGGUAGCCAUAUAUUACGUAUACGUAUACUUAUACACAAAUAUUUAUAUUACCAUACACAUAUAUUAUAAGUAUACGCAUACCCAACAAUCGCCAUGUAACUUGUCCGUAAAUGUAUACAUAAUAAUAAUAUUGAAAAAAGUUAUUAUUAUUAUUAUUCAAUGUGAUAUGUUUUACGGAUAUUAGUUAUUUUUUAUACUUCAAACUUGACUAAAUGAUAGUUCAAACUUAACAAAUGAUAUAAUAUAAUAUAGCUAGGAUUACAGUUUGACAACUCAUUAGUCUGGUCAGUUAGAUAAUGUCUAUUUAUUAUUAUUUAUUUAUUUAUUAUUUUUAUUAAUAGAUUUAAAGACUAUUAUUUUUUGUAUGUUUAUAUUAUAUUUAAUUAUUUAUUAUCGCACUCGGUGACCUAGGCUUCUGGGUCUAUAGUAUUUAUAUAUACAAUAUCUAACAAUAAAUAGUAUUUACGUAUUACAAUAAGAAAUUAUAUCACAGUAUAACGAAUUCAGCACAUAGAUCUACCGUGUCUACUGUCCAGCCUAAAACAUUACUCAAUCUAUAAUAUUAAAAAAAAAAUGUAAACUAAUAUAAUAUACAACAUUAUUGUCCGUCCGUUUCAGUUCUGUACGGGUAUUUUAAUUCGUAAAUAAUAAUCCAAAUAUGUAACAUGUGUCUGUGUUAGGUAAACAGACGGACCCAAAGUUGGAUUUUAUCUGGUUGGUCAAUUGUGACAAGUCCACGACACUGUAAUAGCAUAAUAUUAUAUUAUACCUGUUGAUUGUGUUUUGCCGAGUACAAACAAAUACACACUACACUGCGCAACCGGUUGAUAUGUAUAUUACUCUUUAUUAUUUAAUAAUUUAUUUUUAUAUUUAUUAUAAUUUAUUUAUAUAUAUAUUAUACAUAUUUAUACAUUCUGUAAAAUACAAUUUUUACGCCCAAA